AUGAGUACGGUUCCAAUGUUUGAUGCUAAUAACUAUCUAUCUGGAUCUGAAUUCACUCUCUCAGGAUGGUUCUACACUUGCCAAUCAGGUGAUUUUCAUGUUAUAUCAAGAUAGUACUCUUCAUUACCAUUUUCAGAAAUAUUCUCAAUUAGAGUAGAUGGAGCGGGUCAAUAUGUUGUAUCUUACUUCCAAAGUACGUUGAAAACAUUUUACACUGGAAUAUAUACCUACAGCGGCUGGAACUACUUUGCACUUUCUUUAGAUUAUCAAGUGAUCAAUAAUUUCGGAGUAACUGAAUAUUAUAAUACUCUUUCAUUCCAUGCUGGCCAUGAUGACUUUGAUUCAGUCGAGAUUAAGAAUAUGGGCUUCAAAGCUAAAAUUUAAUCUUUUACUACAACUUGGUCAAGAACUGAUGCAGAUAAUUUCCAACUGCAGUUGGUGAUCCAUUACUGUAUUCAGGAUUUAUGCACGGUUUCUUUCAUUCAAUCAAAAUAUUUGAUUAAGGAGUGGGGCUAGAGAUUCUACAAUAAGAUUGGUCAAGUAAUAAUCACAAACAUUACUUAUUUCCUUUUAGAUGAGUGCAAUGGAUUGUGUGGUUUUUGUUCAAACAUUGACAGAAAUUGUCAUGAUAAACUUUUAGAAUCAUUCCUGGCAAAGAUUGAUUUUGCAGCUGGUGUUUCUGAUAAAUAUCUAAGUGAUUCAAGUGGCAAUCAAAACUAACUUUAGCUAAUGAAUAAUCCAAUAGUGAUUCCCUAUCAAGGUAUUUUGUUUUCAAGAGGUAAGCAUGCAGAGAGACCAUCUUUAGAUACAUCAUCGUUCUAAAUUCCUAGCAGCCAAAUAUUUUGCAUUGAGUCAUGGUUCAAAAUAAACUCAAUGGAUUUUAGCUUUAAUAAUAACUAUAUCGGAUAUCUCUUUGCUAAAUAUGAUAGUACUAAUAAAAUAUAUAAACUUGCUAUUGGAGUUUCCAAUGGUUUUAUGAGAAUCAUCUUUGAAACAAAUAACUACGAUAGAGCUUAUAACUUUAAUGAUAAUAAGUGGCACUUCAUUUAAGCCUGCUUUAGGAAAUCUGAAAUGACGGGCAACACAUAAAUGCUUCUCUGGAUUGAUGAUUAAGUCGGAGCAGACAUUUAAAACUUUGAUGGAUCUUAUACGGAUAAUACUGCAUAUUCAGUCUAUGCUGGAAAGGAUUUUGCUGGGAUAAUGAGAAGCCUUUAGAUAACAACUAAAAUUGAUUGGGAUUGUGAAAAUGAGGAGAGCAUCAGUUCUGCGCAUGUAACUUCUAAUAAGGAUUACUACCAGGGUUUCUUGAAAAAUCAAUUUAAUUUAACGAACAAAUGCUCGGGUAUAGGAUCUACAAGUACAUGUGGAUUUUGUUCAUCAAUAUAAUACCCCACACAGAACUCUAUCAACGAAUGUUUUUCUAACUGCAGCUUAAACACAUUUGAUUAAUAAUGCAGCUAAUGCGAUUUCAGAUGCAAGUACUGUGCUGAUAAUUCACUCUUGACUUGUAGUGAGUGUAAUGAGUUCAAUUAUGCAUUCAAAAAUUCAUCAGGUCUAUGUUAAUGUUCACCAGGAUUUUUUACAAAUGAAACAAAAAAAGAAUGCUCUAAAUGCAAUGAGAACUGCGCUUUGUGUGACAACUCUACUAAUUAAUGCAUUGUUUGUUCGAAGGGCUCAUACAAGAUCUACAAUAAUCAAUGCGUUAAAGUAUGCCCAGAUGGUUAUGUUGGACAUGAUCAAUAUGGAAUAUGUGUCUACAAAUCAGAAGAAGUUCAAGCUCCUGAUUUCAUUAAAGGCUGUUUAUCCAAUCAAUAUUAUGAUGAAAUAUUUCAGUAUUGCAGGCCUUGCGAUUCCUCUUGCAAAACUUGCUCUAAUUGGUAUUCAACAGAUUGUCUUAGUUGUGAGAGAGGAAAAUAUUUAUGGUAAAGAUCAACUUAUGAAUUUCUAUGCCUCACUUGUGAUUCAGAUGGGAUGUAUUAUGGAACAAAUGGGGAUUGCGUUGAAAAAUGUGGUGAUAGCAAAAACUUCGGUUUAAAUGAAUGUGAUGAUGGUAACUCAUAAAAUGGGGAUGGUUGUUCAUCAGCUUGUAAAAUUGAGUAAGGGUUCAUUUGUUCUGGAGGAAACACAAAAUAAAAAGAUAUUUGCUAUGCAAUUUAAACUUAAAUUGAUAAUGUGAUAGUUACUGGAUCCAAUAAUCUUAUAAUUGAAUUUUCAAAAGAUGUAAUGAUCUUAGGAGAGCUAGACUAGAGAGAUAUUUAAGUUAGACUUUUAGACUACAAAUCGGGUUCAAUAUAAUAUGGCAAUAGUACCCUUGUUGAUUGGACUUUGCCUUAUUAAUCUUAUGAACUAAUGCCAUCGAAAUUGCUUUUCCUUAAAUUAGAUGAAAAAGAAUUUAAUUUGAUAGCAAAGAACUUAAAAUACACACAAAAUAUGAAGAUUUCAAUAACCUAUUUAGGGACUGGUAAACUAAGAGAUGAAAAUAAUUAGGAUGUCAUUGUAAAUGAUUCUAACUUCUCUGGGAGUAUCUACUCUUUCUUGAUGUACUUUGAUUUCGUACUCUUUGAGUUCAAAUUCAUUCCAGUGCUAAUUAAAGAUUACAUAAUUGAUACCUACAUCCCUUUAAGAGGCAUAUUUACAAACGAACUUGAAGCAAUUGGAAUUUAUUACAAUGCAAUAUCAUUCAACAUAUUUAGGAAGAUUAUGUUUUGGCUUAUCUAUUUCUUUGUGAUUUUACCUUUAUCUGUUAUCCUGAAAAGAAUAUUUGGAGAUGAUUCAGAAGUUUUCAAUGUUUGGCCUGAUAAAUUUUUCUUUUCAGGUACUAUGAUCAUAUUCUUUAUGCAGUUGCAAGCAUUUAUGAUGCCGGCAAUAGCUGAGAUUUAGAUUGGUGCUACUGAUUCUGAGUAUGAAUAUGCUUCAUAUAGUUUGGCUUGUUUAAUUAUAGCUAUAAUUGCUAUGAUUGUAUAUUAUGGGCUCUCAAGACCAUUUAGAUUGAAAUAAAACACUAUAUUUGUAUUAGUAUCGGAAGUUGUGUUUAUUGCUAUAUGUGGUUUAUCGAUAUAGUACACUCAAUAGGAUGUAUAAAGAACUGAUCUAUCAUAUAAAGCUGGAUUUUGUUUCUUUAUUUUCACUUUGUAUGAUAGCAUAAUGACCUUAAGAAUUUGGAAAAAAGCAAUUGACUUGAAGUUACCAAAUCCAUUUCAUCUUGUACCCUCAUAUAAGUUCAGAAAUUAGGAUUUAUUAAAUAACUCCAGUAAUCCUUUUGAGACAUAAACCAAUAAGUUACUUUUUCAUUCUUAAAAAACAAGCAACAAAAUUCUUGAUUCGAAUCAAACAUAGGAGGAGAUUUUAAGUCCAGAAGACAUCAAGAAGAAAUUAAAGGCUAAAAUUAAUAAAGAAAAAGAUGACAAAGAUUAAAUUGAUAUUCUUGAGCAAUAUUAUGGAGAUGAUGGCCCUAAAAUAGACAAUGAUGAUACCCCAAAUAAUGACAGAAGCUUCACAAGAAUUAAUAAAGGAAGAAAAGAUAAAAUAAAGGCUAAUAGUAUGGAUUAUAGCCAUGAUUAAGGAGUUACAAACAAUAGUGCUAAUCAUAUUGAUUUUGAAAAUGUAGAGAUUUUUAAUAAAAAAAGUCAUGAGAAAAACUAAAAAAAAGAAAAUAUCAAGAAAAAUUAGAAAAAGCCUGCAAAGCCUAAGGUUAAAAACUGA